AUGGGGGAGCUGGCCAGCCGGCAGCAGGCCGGGGUGGAGGAGCUGGACGUGCCGGCUAAUUCCGUCUACAGAUACCCCCCCAAAUCCGGGAGCUACUUUGCCAACCACUUCAUCAUGGGAGGUGAGAAGUUUGACUCAACGCAUCCUGAGGGCUACCUCUUCGGAGAGAACAGUGACCUGAAUUUCCUGGGGAACAGACCUGUAGCGUUUCCGUAUGCUGCCCCGCCCCCCCAGGAGCCAGUGAAGACGCUCCGAAGCUUAAUCAACAUCCGCAAAGACACCCUGCGCCUCGUCAAGUGUACAGAGGAAGUGAAGACCCCUGGGGAGGAAGUCAGCAAAGCCAAGGUCCGUUACAAUGUGGAGUUCACGUUUGACACUGAUGCACGGUUGGCCAUCACCAUCUAUUACCAAGCUACUGAAGAAUUCCAGAAUGGAAUAGCAAGUUACAUCCCCAAAGACAACAGCUUGCAGUCGGAGACGGUCCAUUAUAAGCGUGGGGUAUGCCAGCAGUUCUGUUUACCCUCUCACACCGUCGAUCCGUCAGAGUGGACAGAAGAGGAGCUGGGCUUUGAUCUGGACCGGGAGGUGUACCCCAUGGUGGUGCAUGCUGUGGUGGAUGAGGGAGACGAGCACAUCGGCCACUGCCACGUGCUGCUAGCAACAUUUGAGAAGCAUGCAGAUGGCAGCAUUUGUGUGAAGCCUCUCAAGCAGAAACAAGUGGUGGAUGGCGUUAGUUACCUCCUUCAGGAAAUCUAUGGGAUCGAGAACAAAUACAACACACAGGACUCCAAGGUUGCUGAGGACGAGGUGAGCGAUAACAGCGCAGAAUGUGUUGUUUGCCUCUCAGACGUCCGGGACACCUUGAUUUUACCCUGCCGCCAUCUCUGCCUCUGCAACACGUGUGCGGAUACAUUGCGUUACCAGGCCAACAACUGCCCCAUCUGCAGGCUGCCAUUUAGAGCCUUGCUUCAGAUCCGUGCAAUGAGGAAGAAACUCGGCCCCUUGUCUCCCACCAGCUUCAACCCCAUCAUUGCCUCCCAAACGUCAGACUCAGAGGAACACUCGUCUUCUGAGAACAUCCCUCCUGGAUAUGAGGUGGUCUCUCUGCUGGAAGCUCUCAAUGGGCCCCUCACUCCCUCCCCGGCAGCCCUUCCGCUUCACGUGCUGGGUGAUGGUCACGGGUCAGGGAUACUGCCUUCCUAUGGCAGCGACAGCCACAUGCCUCCGAUCAGGACGCUGUCCCCCCUUGACCGCCUGUCUGACUGCAGCAGCCAAGGCCUAAAACUCAAGAAGAGUCUGUCAAAGUCGAUAUCCCAGAAUUCCUCUGUCCUGCAUGAAGAAGAGGAUGAGAAGUCCUGCAGUGAGUCGGAGAUCAGGAUUUCCAGGAGGAAGUCUCCUCUUCAGCAUGAGGAGGAAUGCGGUGUGACCCCGGACAGUGAGAACCUCACCUUGUCCUCCUCAGGAGCAAUAGACCAGUCUUCAUGUACAGGAACCCCACUCUCCUCUACCAUCUCCUCCCCGGAAGAUCCUGUCAGCAGCAGCCUAGCCCAGUCCAUCAUGUCCAUGGCUUCCUCCCAAAGUCAGCACUCCCAGCUCAGCACCGAUACUGUGUCUUCCAUGUCAGGCUCCUACAUUGCUCCUGGCACAGAGGAAGAGGGGGAUAUGCUCCCAUCCCCUGCUGCUGCCAGUGGGAUACCUUCAGAAGGAGAGUCGACUCCUGUGGAAUCUCCAGAUACAAACUUUGUCAGUAUCCCCACGGAGGAGCGAGAUGCAGAGGGGAAUGAUGUCAUGGAGGAAGAGGAUGCAUCUCCCACUCAGGAAGACGGCCAGAGGACAGGCGCUUACCUAGGUAUGGAGUGUGACAAUAACAAUGACAUUGGCAUCGCAAGCGUGAAAGCUCUGGACAAUAAGCUGUGCUCUGAGGCCUGCUUACCUGCUGUUGUUCCGGAAUCCUGCCCUAUUAACAUUGACGAAUAGGUGUUGAGGCGUCCGAUGACAACGCCCUGACCUGCCGGCAAGCCCCGAGACACCAUCUGUCCACCAGCAGCAUCAACCGGGAAGAUGAUAAGGAUAUGCAAUGCAUGAUGGGACCUCUGGCAGUCUGAC